GGAAAACGUUGAAUGCCUUUGUCUUGCGCAUGUUUCUAGAAAAUCAGUAUGAAUGUGGUAGUUUGACAAGCUUGUCUUCCAUGUAUUUUUGUUUGAACGAAACAAACGUAAAUGGGUAAUCGGACGGAUUGAACGAAGUAAUCGCAACAAGGAUUGGAUUUUACACAGUGUAAUCGAAGAUAAAGUCUACCAAUUUUAUUCUAUACAUUCGACUCUACUUCACAGUAUGUUUUGCACGUAAGUAUGUUUAUAGUGCGAACUAUGUAUGACUAACUAGCUAAACAAAUGGCAAUUGGAUUUUAUUAAGCCAGCCUAGUUUAACUUCCAGUCUCUACGUCAAUCAAGAGUUGGAUGUACCUUUUUGCAAUGCGUUGUUUCUUUACUAGAACUCCUGUUGUCUACAUUUUGCAACAUAAGAUUAUGGUAUUAUAAAACUAGAAUAUUUCAAACUAGCUAUGAAAUUUCAGAAGUCUGUAAAGUAUCAGUAAAUCGGUUGUUCCCAAUCCUCACUUCCCUUUCAUUAGCUCAUUCUCCUUUUAUUUUAAAUAUUAUUUUAUUUUUUUUCCCUCCAUCUUCAUUGAGAAGUGAAAUAGAUCGUAUCCAUUCUUUGCGUUCUGGCUUGCAGCACUUUAUCCCAAGACGAGGUGUUGGUACUAACAGUCGGCAACACAACCAAACAUCAAGACAACGGAAGCUUUCAGGAAAUUGCUCAUUUUUACUAUUAAGAAAAUUAAAUAGAUGUCUAUAGAUUCAGACGAUGUCUCGCAAUCAGUAUUCGGAGCUAAUAACGUCUCUUUGAAAGAUGUGGACGGAUGGAUCGAACAAUUGAAAAGAUGUGAACCUCUCAGUGAGUCAGAUGUAGAGGCCCUUUGUGAAAAGGCAAAAGAAGUAUUGUGUCGCGAAAGUAAUGUUCAACCUGUACAUAAUCCUGUAACUGUUUGUGGUGAUAUUCACGGACAAUUUCACGAUUUGAUGGAGUUAUUUAAAAUUGGAGGCGAAGUGCCUGAUAUGAAUUAUCUCUUUAUGGGAGAUUAUGUGGACAGAGGCUAUCAUAGUGUUGAAACAGUAAGCCUGCUAGUAGCUAUGAAGUUACGGUUUCCUCACCGGAUAACAAUAUUAAGAGGAAAUCAUGAAUCUCGUCAAAUUACACAGGUUUAUGGAUUUUAUGAUGAAUGUUUACGUAAAUAUGGUUCCGCAAAUGUAUGGAAGCAUUUUACUAAUCUUUUUGACUAUUUCCCUUUAACCGCUUUAAUUGAAGACCGUAUAUUUUGUCUCCAUGGUGGCCUUUCUCCUAGUAUUGAUUCAUUGGAUCAAAUUCGAUCUUUGGAUCGUGUUCAAGAAGUUCCCCAUGAAGGUCCUAUGUGUGAUCUACUUUGGUCUGACCCUGACGAUCGUUGCGGUUGGGGUAUCUCUCCCCGUGGUGCAGGCUAUACCUUUGGACAAGAUAUAUCCGAGUCUUUCAACCACGCGAACGGUUUAAGUUUAACCGCGAGAGCUCACCAGUUGGUGAUGGAAGGUUACAACUGGGCUCAUGAUGGCGAUGUAGUAACUAUCUUUUCAGCUCCUAACUACUGUUAUCGUUGCGGCAAUCAAGCCGCUAUUUUGGAGGUUGAUGACAAUAUGAAUCAGGUUUUCUUGCAAUUUGAUCCAGCACCGAGAAAAGGCGAACCCGUCAUUGCACGAAGGACUCCAGAUUACUUCCUUUAAAAAUCGGUGUUCACGCUUAAAAAAUGGUCCUCUGUUUGUAUUUAGCAUCAUACCUAACGUAUGUAACAUUUAUGAUGAAUCUUUUCUAUCCUCAAUUGUUCGGACUGUAUCGUGUGGUCAUUCGCAUAUAUAUACAUAUUCUUUUUCUUUAUAGUAAUGAAAAGUAAGGUGCGCGUUAUAUCGCUUGUUUGGGAUUACAAGUCGAUCAGGCAUAAUGGAAUUUUUGGUUAAAGAUUGUCUGUUCCUAUAUAAAGAUUACCUUUUGAUUUAAUAAUAUGUACCUACUAGAAAACUACAGUAAAUGACUGCAUCGUUUAGAUAUGUUCACGGUAAGGACUCAGUUGCACUCGUGAUGUCGGAUGGUCAGGCUUUUCUGUAUAAAUUUUAUAAAGGAGACUAAAGGCUAGGUACUAAGAUUAUUUUGCUAAUAAAAAAAAGUACUACAUUUCAAAUAA